AUGUUCUUAAAAAAGAAAGACACAUCUAUUUACACCCUUAGCCUCGCUUUCUUUUUGGGCAUAUUAGGCAACUCUUUAGUCAUCUUUGCCGUGUGCGGUGACCGUAAAGCCCGAAGCGUGACCUCCUCUUUCAUGGUUAGUCUGGCCGUAGCUGACCUAAUGUUUCUGUUGUCUGUUUAUUUAUCUCUGUUCAUAUCUAUCUAUCUAUCUAUCUAUCUAUCUAUCUGUCUGUCUGUCUGUUUGUCUUUUCAUAUGUAUCUAAACUGUUUUUCAUAUCAGCCUGUUCAUAUGUAUAUAUGUAUGAAUGUAUGUAUGUAUCUAUCAUUCUGUCUGUCUUUUCAUAUCUAUCUAUCUAAACUGUUUUUUCAUAUAUAUCUAAAUCUGUUCAUAUCUAUCUAUCUAUCUAUCUAUCUAUCUACGAGUGGGUGUCUGUUUAUUCUUUACGUUAUUCUCUUUGCUGUACGUAUUCCCUUUUGGCAGACUUGA